AUGAAAACUAAUUUGAAAAGUUUAAAUAUUAAAUAUAGCUAUUAUUAUAGAAUUCAGAGAUUUAAGUUUCAACUGAAUGGAAAGUUGAUACAAGGAUAUUUAUUAAUUAUAGAUGCCAGAUAUUUAUCACUAUUGGAUGAAACAAGCGAAUAUGAAUACAGCGCUGAAUCUUUCAAUUUCACUGAAUCGAAUAAAGAAAGCGACAGUGAAAGCACCUUGAGCAGCGUUGGAAGUUUAGUUUGGCAUCAAAAAUACAGAUCGUAUAAGAAGUCGACGUCUACUAGAAAAGCAGGAAGAAAAUCUUGCAGAAAUUGGAUGAUUCAAACCGAAAAUCCUGUGACCGAAUCUGAGUCUCAAACCAGUCUCGUUCACAGAAGGGAUAGAAUAAAUCAAACGGAUAAGAAGCCAACUUACGAUAUGGAAGCACAGACGGACAAACAACGUACAAGGGACAUACAUUUGCAAACAGACAAUUAUAAUCUAGAUAUGGAAACUCAGACAAGGCCGGACAUUGCUGCACGCAUUUUUGGACAUGCACUUGCCAGUACUGAAAUGUACGUUCAAACGGAUCCAAAACAAGCACUCGACAACGACACUCAGACAACUAUUCUACAACAGACAAACACCCCGACACAGACUUUGGUUAAAACUUUCCAAGAAAAUGAAUUUCAAACCGAUCAGAGAGAAACAAUCGCUACUUUUUCCCAAACCAAUGGCAUGUCCACCGAAGCUAGUGCUGAGCUCAGUAAAGAAUAUGAAGAAUCGUCGUUGGAAAUGAUUGAAAUGUAUAACAGAGAAGCUUCAACCCUGAAUAGGCCGUGGAACCUCCGACCGAUGCUCACUGUGAUCGCGAUCAUCUGGAAAAUUAUUUUCUGCAAAAUUUCAUCGAAUAUUCUGAAUAAAAGUGUUGAUGACACAGUGAAAACCUAUCUUGUUCUCCUUUCUCAAUUCUCCAACAGCAGUGUGGAUGACAAACAACUUGAACAGUUUGCGGGACAUACAGAGGAAUUGGCGAAUUUAGCAGAACAUUUUAAAAAUGAAGGCGAAACCAUCCAUGCAGUAGUUGCUUACUACGCUCUUGCCAAAUUACAUAAGCUGGUAAACAAAACCCCCGGAUCCGUGCAAGGUAUCUUAUCAUGCAUUGAACAAAUAAGCUUGGUCAUGGAAGAAAUGAUAAAACAGAAACAAACAAAAACCUUUAUUCACGUGAUAUCCCUUAUUACUGAAAUGACUGAUUUCAUUGGAUCAAUAUCAAACUACAGUCAGUUUAUCGAUAAAUUGAAAGGUAAAGCCAAAAAAUUCGCUUCCGAAGAAAAGUUUAUUUCAUUUGUCAUUUCCUGCUACGUCGCUGCUAAACUGCAUGGACUUAAUGAUAAAGGAGAUCAAUCGGUGAGAGGAAUUCAACAAUCUGUUUACCAAAUAAAACUCGCCGUUAAAAAUAUGACAAAACAAGAUUCAAUGAAAAAGAUUGUCAUAGAUCACGCGAUACCACUCAUGUAUGAAAUUUUUGAGUUUCUGCGAACGACCAAAUGUUCGAGUCAUAAAGUCAGAGUAGAGGCGGAGGCUUGUUGUUUAUUUCACAUCGGUCUUUGCUACUAUUACUGCGAUGAAUAUCAAGAAUUUGCGAACAUGAACGAAACCGGGAUCGAGCUCUUAAAGAGAAAUUUAGAUAAACCUCAAACAUAUCUAAUAUAUGGACUCUGUCUCAAUAAUGCAGGAGUGGCGUAUGAGAAAAUGGGGAAUAUAGAGAAAGCGGUUGAAUUGCAUAAAAUGUCGUUGGAAGCAACGAUAAAUGCUGAAGAUUAUUCGAGUGAUAAAGUUAAGAAUGAAAUUAUUGAAUUCACAAGAAAUAAUUUGAGAAGAGAAGAAUCCAAGUUGCCCAAAUAG